AUGGAAACAUUAAAAGAGGAAGAACAAUUCCGAAAUUUCGAUACUCCAUUAUUAAAUACACCACAUCAUUUAAAAGAAGAAACACAAAUACAACAAAAAGAACGAGAACAACAACAGCAGCAACAACAACAGCUACAACAACAAUUACAAUUACAAAAUGAAAGAGAAAAUCGAAAUCACAAUAUAACAGAAGAGUUAAAUAAAAUACCGAGUAGUAAUAAUUCAUCUAAUAGUAGUUCACCUAAUCCAUUAUCUAUAUCAGUAUCAUCAUCACUCGGUUCAGCAUCUUCAAUUCAUUUAACACCACAAGGUACAAUUGGUAAUUAUUUGGUUAUAAAAACAAUUGGUAGAGGUCAAUUUGGUAAAGUUAAAUUAGGUUACCAUAAGAAAAUACCAAAUGAAAAAGUUGCAAUUAAAAUUAUAAAUAAAGGUAAAUUAGAUCCAGAAACAUUAAAAAUGGUACAAAGAGAAGUUAGAAUUAUGAAAUUAUUACAUCAUCCAAAUAUAAUUAGAUUAUAUGAAGUUAUUGAAACUAGUAGAGCAUUAUAUUUGAUAAUGGAAUAUGCAGGGGAGGGAGAGGUAAUGGAUUUUAUGAUUGCACAUGGAGUAUUAACAGAAUCACAAGCACGUACUUUUUUCACACAAAUCGUAUCAGCCAUCAACUAUUGUCAUAGCAAGAGGGCGGUACAUAGGGAUUUAAAGCCCGAGAAUUUAUUAUUAGAUUGCAAUAGACAGAUUAAGAUCAUCGAUUUCGGGUUAUCAAAUGUUUUCACACCUGGUAGUUAUUUGAAAACUUUCUGUGGUUCACCAACUUAUGCAUCACCCGAACUUAUUCUACGUAAAGAAUACAAUGGUCCUUCGGUGGAUGUUUGGAGUAUGGGCGUGGUGUUGUUUGUGUUGGUCACUGGUUAUCUACCAUUCGAUGGUGAUAACUAUGUGGAACUAUUUCAAAAGAUAUUGGCAGGUAAUUAUACAAUACCCUCUUAUUUAACUCAUGAAUGUAAAUCAUUAAUCUCAAGAAUGUUGGUUGUUGAUCCAGAUAAAAGAGCCACAAUGGAAGAAAUUAUCAAUCAUCCUUGGUUAUCAUCAACAAAACAAAUCAUACUAUCAACUACAAUGACUGAUAGUUUAAAAAAUUUAAAUUCAUGUUUAGAACAACAAAUUAAUGUUGAAAAUUUAUUAAAUCAAUCUUUAAAUAAUAGUAAUAAUAAUAAUAUAAAUAAUAUAAAUAAUAUAAAUAAUACGAUGGCGACCAUGAACAAUAGUAAUAAUAAUAAUAAUAAUAAUAAUAAUAAUAAUAAUAAUAAUAAUAAUAAUAAUAAUAAUAAUAAUAAUAAUAAUAAUAAUAAUAAUAAUAAUAAUAAUAAUAAUAAUAAUAAUAAUAAUAAUAAUACCACCACAACCACCAAUGCGACAACAACAACACCAAUUACAUCACCAAUACAAAAUAGAAAUAAUGAAGAAUUAGAUCAAGAAAUUAUAGAAGAGUUAGUAGGAUUAGGAUUUGAAAGAGAAGAACUUUGUAAUAGUAUUAGACAAAAUAAAUAUAAUGAUGCUGCUUCAACUUACUUUUUAUUACAAGGUAAAAAGUUAAGAGAAAGUCAACAAAAUCAAACUGAUAACGCAAAGAAAUUGGAAAAGUUUUAUUCAGAACCUUUAACAAUACCCGCUCAUGUCGGUGAGAACAGUCCUUUAAUUAAAUAUAAAAGACAUCAUAAAAGAAGUAAUACUGUUGAUAGUCCAAAAUCAACAAAUACUCCACAAUAUAGAUCAUCAAAUACACAACAAAACAAUCACCACCACCAACAACAACAACAACAACAACAACAACAACAACAACAACAUCACCACCAUACACAACAACAAAACCAACAACAAAGCCAACAGCAAUAUAAUAAUAAUAAUCAUAAUAAACCACCAACUCCUACAAUUGUGACAACACAAGCUUCUACAACAGUAAAUAACCAUAUUAGUAUCAAUAAUAAUAAUAAUAAUAAUAAUAAUAAUAAUAAUAAUAAUAAUAGUAGUACCCCAGGAUCAAAUACAGUUAGUAGUACACAAUCAAGUAGUAUAAAUAGUUCGGUUAAUCCAUCACCACUUUGUUUAUCGAAUGCUGUACCAGUUAGUUUAAGAGAGAAAUUAAGAGAAAAAGAAGCAACCACCACUAAUACAACCACAACCACCACCACAACAACAACAACAACAACAAAUACAAGUAGUAAUAACUCAUCUAAUCAAUCAAUUAGUUCAAUUUCUCCACCAACUUCAACCUCACCAAAUCUUCAACCUUUCUCUUUAGCUUCAACAGCUAAUAAUAACAAUAACAAUAAUAAUAGUAAUAAUAAUAGUAAUAAUAAUAAUAAUAAUAAUAAUAAUAAUAAUAAUAGUUUAAAUAGUCAUAUUCAAAGAAGAGCAACAGCAUCAUCAUUACAACAACAACAACAAAUGCAACAAGCAAGUAAUACACGUAGAUUAAGAAGUAAUAGUAGCAGUGUUGCGGAUCAAAGUCAAAGACAAGAGUCCAGAAAAUUAGAGGAUGACUGGGUAAUUUUCGAAGAUUAUUCAAAUGAUGGUCAUAGAGAUGGACAACCUAAAAAUUAUCAUCUUCAACCAUCUUCAUUAUCAUCUCAUAAGAAACAAAAAUCACCUGUUCAUUCAUUUUUAUCAUCUUUUAAAAAUAUAUUAAAAAGAAGUGAUGAUAAAUCAUUUAACAGUAGUAGUUCAAAUAAUAAUACUAAUAAUAAUAAUACAACUACAAGUGUUAGUACAAAUAAUACACCAAGAACUCUUGAAGUUGAUCAUCAAAAUAGUAAUAAUAAUAACCAACAGGCUACAUCAAGUAGCCCAAAUGUAACAUCACCAUCAUCACCAUCUCAACAACAACAACAAGAACCAAGAAUUGUUAGAUUUGUAUUUGGUGUCAAUACAACAACCAUGAAGGAUGCACCAGAGUUAAUGCAACAAGUACUUAAAGUGGUUGAUACUUUUUGUAUUCCCCACACAAAGAAAGCACCAUUCCUUAUUGAAUGUGAAACAGAGGGUGUAAGAUUCUCAAUCGAGAUUUGUAGAUUACCAAGACUCUCUGUCAAUGGUUUAAAAUUCAAAAGAAUUGGCGGUUCUUCAUGGAGAUAUAAAAGUAUUUGUAAGGAUUUACUAUCUCAAAUGAAAUUAAAUUCACAUUAA